UUUGUUAUCAGCCUCUCACACCGCUCGGAAGAUGUCUGAAAGGUCGCAGAGUCCUGAGUGCCAAAGCAGGCCUUAUGACUUCAGCCGGGUCAACCCGUGCUCCCAGGUUUUGGGUCAAGAUGGUUUGGGCAGCGCUGCGUCAUUCCAGCUUCCUCACGGCGUUCUGCCAGACCCGAGUCUUCUCUACAACAAAACCGCUUACAGUGGCAUCACACCGGCCACUGCGCAGACAUUUUUCCCUUUCCCAUCCGUGGCCAGUGACUACAGGGGAACCGACCUACAGGCUGGAGAGUUUGGGCAACCCAAGCACUGGUAUCCCUUUGCUGCGCCAGAGUACACCGGCCAGGUACCCGGCGUAACUGCAGCUACCCAGCCUACAAACCUGAGUCCCCCCAUAGCUGAGACCCGGGAGCAAAUCAAACUGCCCGAGAUAAAGACUGAGAAGGACACUGGCGAUGACUUCUCAACGGAGAUGAAGGGUCAGCAGUAUCCGACACCGCCUGCCUCCGCCGCCAUGCCCCAUGGAGUCUUCUACCCUGCGGCCUGGAACCCGUCCUUCUGGCCGGGGAUCGCCCAUAUUACCCCGCCCGGUAACAGUAAUCAAAAUCCCUCAACAUCCUCCGCAUCGUCCCCAUCUAUGUCCCCUUCACCCCCGAGCAACGGGCUUCCAGGAAACGCGUUUUUCAGCGUGAACACAACCCAAGCUGCCCCCGGGCCCCAGGCGCAGAACCCGGCCUCCUCCACGCGGAGCAGCGGGUCCUCCAGUGGAGGGUGCAGCGACUCCGAGGAGGAGAACCUCUCCACUGAGGAACUGGAACAGUUUGCCAAGGAACUGAAACACAAGCGCAUUACUUUAGGUUUCACACAAGCUGAUGUUGGCCUGGCCCUUGGUAACCUUUAUGGUAAGAUGUUCAGCCAGACGACCAUUUGCCGCUUUGAGGCUCUGCAGCUCAGUUUCAAGAACAUGUGCAAGCUGAAACCCCUUCUUCAGAGAUGGCUGAAUGAGGCAGAGACCUCAGAGAAUCCCCAGGAUAUGUACAAGAUUGAGAGAGUAUUUGUUGACACCAGGAAGAGGAAGAGGAGGACCAGUCUGGAGGGAGCAGUGCGCUCUGCUCUGGAGUCUUACUUUAUCAAAUGUCCCAAACCCAACACCCAGGAGAUCACACACAUCUCAGAUGACCUGGGCCUGGAGAGGGAUGUGGUACGUGUUUGGUUCUGCAACCGAAGACAGAAAGGGAAGCGCCUGGCUUUGCCACUGGAUGAGGAGUGCGAUGGCCAGUAUUACGAGCAGAGCCCUUCCCCACUGAACAUGGCUCCCUCCCCCAUUCCCAGUCAGAGCUACCCUUCUACCAGCUAUCCUGGAGCCCCUCCUCCCACACUGUACAUGCCCCCACUUCAUCGGCCCGACGUCCUGAAACAAGCCCUUCACCCCGGACUUGUUGGUCACCUGACUGGAUAA